AUGCAGUUCACAAGCAAGCUUUCCGUCUCUCUUCUGGCCAUCCUGGCUGCCGGUGGUGAGGCCAACCAUCAGGCUCUCCAUGGUCGCAAGUUCUUUCACCCCAGAGGUUUGAACUCGACCACUCCUGCUUCCACCUCAACUGUCGUUGUCUACCCGACUCCGAUCGAGUCUUCGUCCGCUGCUGGUGACUCGAUCUCUGCAAUUACCUCAACCACCAUCCCUCUCAGCACUGGUGCUCCUGGAUCUGGUGCUCCUGGAUCUGGUGAUUCCGGCGACGACAAUGGUGGCCAGGACGUCACUAUCACUUACACUCUGGGUUCUGGCAGCACCAAGUCAGUCGUCACUACUACUAUCCACAAGACUUCAACUGAUCUUCACACUGUCUUCGCUACUUCCUCUGCGGAUCUUACCACCACAAUCUCUUCCACCUCUACCACCACCGCUACCCUGAUCGCAGUUUCUUCCCCUACACCUGGUUCUGGCAGCUCUGGAAGCGACAACAGCUGCAAGCCGGAGACUGUCACCGUCACUGCUACCGUCACUGUGACGGCCCCUUCUGCUUCUGCUCCUACCCCCACUGGUAAUGGCGGUGACCUUGAGGACAGCGGUGCCAACGAGCACUACGCUGACGAUGACAAGGACGACGACGAGGAGGAUGACGAUGAGGAGGAUGACGACUGCGAGGACGAGGACGACAACGAGGAUGAGGAUGACGACGCGCCCACCUCCAGUGUGCCCACUCCCACUGCUCGCCCUCCCUAUGGCUACGGCAACGGCACCAAUCCUUUCCCCAGCGGUGCCCCGAAGCCCACUGGUUUCAAGACCAGCAAGCUGCCCUACCCCACCGGCUUCCGCCGUCACUAA